AUGCUGACCGACAUGAGCCCGUCGGCCGGGGCUCAGUUCUACGGUGCCCAGAUCCCGGCCAUGGGCAUGAACAUCUCUAACAUCGCCACCCACAUGCAGAAACCGACGGAACAUCCGGGAUUGCGAGGCACACCGCUUGCGAUGUUGGCGGCACAGUGCAAUAAACUGUCAAGCAAAUCACCGCCUCCUCUGGCGGAUGCGGCCGUUGGGAAAGGGUUCCAUCCGUGGAAGAAGAGCCCUAUCUCGUCCGGACCUCACUCACCCUCGAGCGGACAGUCGGUCGGGCUUGGGGGUGGUGGUGGCGGCAACGGGCCCGGUGCGGGUCUUGGUGGAGGAGGAGGAGGAGGAGGAGGAGGAGGAGGUGGUGGUGGAGGCGGGGGAGCUGGAUUAGGCGGAAAUUCCGUGCUUCAGUCGUCACUUGGACGCCUUUCAUCUUCCGGCAGCUCAUCCACCAUCAGUCCGAUGGCGAAUCUCACCUCCAGUGAGCUGUACUUCUCAGGAGCAGCCGGUUCGCCAGGAGGGUGCGGUGCGGACACAGCCCACCACACCCUCCAGCACGCCCUAGGUGCAAGCAAGGUAGGCGUCGGCGUAGGUGUCGGGGACGGUGGUGGUCCAGGGCAGGCGAGUUCGUCGGCAGCAGCGGCAGCCGCCGCCGCCGCCCAACUCGGUUCCGUCUACGGCCGCCACCCAUACGACUGGCAUCCAUUCAACGCAGUCGGCAAACCGGACGCCAACGGAUUGGGCGGCAACGGCGGCCACGGGGCACCAACAGGCUGGUGGGACAUGCACGGGGCGGCCGGUGGGUGGCUCGACAUCGGUACAAGCGCAGCCGCCGGAAUGCACGCGGCCACAAUGGCCAACUAUGCCGCCUCGGCGGCAGCCGCCUCCGUCGGUGGCUCCGACCACUACGCCUCCACGCUGACGCACGCGUCGCUCACCAAUACCGCGCACCUGCUCGGCUCUGGCCAGCACCUGUUGCAGGAUAGCUGCUACAAGAGCAUGCUCCAGCCGGGCGGCGUCGGCGUGGGGCAACCUGGCGCCGGUGUUGGCGUCGGCGUCGGCGUCGGCGUCGCCGGUUUUGGGCUGGGACCGCAUGCGGCCGGAUCACCGGCUCCGCCACCGAGUGCUCCCCAGGCUCCGUCGCCGCGCAGCCAGCGGCGUUACUCUGGGCGUGCGACCUGCGAUUGCCCCAACUGCCAGGAGGCCGAACGGCUCGGUCCGGCCGGUGUUCACCUGCGCAAGAAGAACAUCCACAGCUGCCACAUACCGGGGUGUGGUAAGGUGUACGGGAAGACGAGCCACCUGAAGGCGCACCUACGGUGGCACACUGGCGAGAGGCCAUUCGUCUGCAACUGGCUGUUCUGCGGCAAGCGCUUCACGCGCUCUGACGAACUGCAGCGGCAUCUGCGCACGCACACAGCAAAACACGUCAAAACCCACAACGGCGGUGCGAGCGGCGGCGGCGGCGGCGGCGGCAGUGCUGGUGGAGGUGGUGGUAGUGGCGGUGGUGGCGGCGGUGGUGGAGGUGGAGCCGGUGCCAGUGCAGGCAGCGGUGGAGGCAGCGGCGGCGGCGGCGGUGGAGGAGGAGGAGGAGCAGGCGGAGGAGGUGCCGGUGGAGGAGGUGCCGGAACCGGAACAGGCAGUGGAACCGGCAGCGCCCCAUCCGGACCUAGCAACAGUGCCUCGGCGGGUGGUGGAGGCGGUACAGGUAGUGGAGCUGGUGGUGGUGGUGGUGUUGGUGGUGGUGGUGGAAGUGGAGCCGAGGGCAGCAAGAAGGGCUCCCAGACCUCACAGGGCCAACAACAGCAGCAGAUGGAGACACAGUGCAGCGAUUCGGAGGAGGGUACGGUAGCGGCGGAACACCUGCAUGGAGGAGGACUCGGGGCACUGAUGGGCGGUGGAGGUCCAGGUAUGAUGGGGGGCGCCUGUCACCCAAUGGGGGGCUCCCCAGGGCUAGCCCAUCCUCAACAGCAGCAACACCUGCAACAGCAGAACGCCGGCACACAUCACCAUCACCCGCAUUCGCAUCAUCCCCAUCACUCGCAUCAUCAUCAUCAACAGCAGCAGCAGCAACAGCAGCAUCAUCACCAUCAUCAUCAACAGCAUCACGCACACACACCUAGCCCAGGUCUAGAGCACGUCACCCAGCAGCAGUUGGACGUCAAACCUGGCAUCGUCUGA